GGUUGUGCACCUCCGCGCCCUAAUAUCCGAAUUUCUCACUUGCAUACCCGACCUGGAGCAAAACCCUACUAAGACCCCUCCCUCAGUUCUUGACGCAAAACAAUGCAGAAAAUUUUCUUGAUACGGGAUCUCAAUUCGCUCUGCGCUAAAUCGCCCUCCUUCAGUGCACACAACCCUCACUACAAAACCCCUUCAUCACUCUCCUUUGCUUUUCAUAAUUUCUAUACAUCUAAAUCCGAAUCGUCUUAUGAAACCUCUAAUUCUCAUCAUCCAGAAAACGAAAUUCAAGAUGAGAAUCCCGUCGAUGUAGAGGAUAUCAGCAGUGCAGAUCUUAAAACACAGAUAGACAAGUUUUAUAAGGGAGAUGUUGAAGCAAUACCAGCUAUUUUUGAAUCUAUAUUGAAAAGAAAGUUAUCAGGGAAGCAUGAAGAGUCGGAUGAUGAGUUGAUGAAUGAAUUCAGACAUGAUCAAACAAAUGUAGUUAGCGAUGAAGAGAUGAAUUCAGAUUCAUAUUCAGACACUGAUUCAGAUUCUGAUGAAUAGUUAAUGCAGUGAUAUGUUAGUGGACAGAAAAUAUAUUUUAAAGAGUAUAAUUUUUUAUGACAUAACAUGAUAGAAUGAGUUAUAUUAUGUUUGACAUAUCCAACAAAAAAUUGGAGAAAGGUGAGAUAGUUUGGAUCUUUCAUUUGUGCAAAAGACAUAAAUGCCUUAUUUUUGUGUUGAUUUUGUUAACAAUAUCCAACGAUCGGGGGUUCUAUUUAGAUUUAAAACUUUUAUCCUUAAAUUAUUCAUCAAACUUGC